CAAUCCAAUCUAUAUAGGUCGGUGCUGGUGUUGCACUUUCGUCCUGUAUCUAUCCAUUCCCGAUCUCUGUAAUUUGAUCAUCGAGCACUCGAUAUCCUGAACCAUGUCGGCCUUUGUAGGAAAGUAUGCAGAGGAGCUUAUCAAGAAUGCCAGGUACAUUGCCACCCCUGGGAAGGGCAUUUUGGCUGCUGACGAGAGCACCGGGACCAUUGGCAAGCGUCUAGCCAGCAUUAACGUGGAGAACAUUGAAUCCAACCGCCAAGCCCUGCGCGAGCUCCUCUUCACCUCCCCCAAUGCCCUCUCCCGCCUCUCUGGUGUCAUACUCUUCGAGGAGACCCUCUACCAAAAAACCUCAGAUGGAAAGCCUUUCGUUGAAGUCCUUCAAGAAAACAAUGUCGUUCCAGGUAUCAAAGUAGACAAGGGCACAGUCGAGCUGGCCGGCACAAAUGGCGAAACCACCACCCAAGGCUUUGACUCGCUUGGAGCUCGAUGCCAGCAGUACUACAAGGCCGGUGCACGCUUUGCCAAGUGGCGUGCCGUCCUUAAGAUUGGCGCUAACGAGCCCUCUGAAUUGGCAAUCCAACAAAAUGCGCAAGGCUUGGCUCGCUAUGCCAUCAUUUGUCAGGAGAAUGGAUUGGUUCCCAUUGUUGAGCCUGAGAUUUUAACUGACGGAACUCAUGACAUUAAGAAAUGUGCUGCGGUAACCGAGACUCUGCUUGCAGCAGUUUACAAGGCACUGAAUGAUCAUCACGUUCUCCUCGAAGGCACACUCCUAAAGCCCAACAUGGUUACCCCAGGCUCUGAUAGCCCAAAGGUACCACCCGAGGUGAUUGCAGAGUACACAGUCACGGCACUCCGCCGAACAGUCCCGGCCGCAGUACCGGGGAUUGUGUUCUUGUCGGGUGGACAAAGCGAAGAAGAGGCAACACAAAAUCUUAACGCAAUGAAUAGGUUGGAGGUGCUGAAGCCAUGGACACUAUCAUUCUCAUUUGGGCGAGCAUUACAGCAAAGCACGCUCAAGACAUGGGCUGGAAAGAAGGAUAAUGUGGGGAAAGCUCAGGAGGUAUUCUUGGGGAGGUGCGAAGCCAAUUCGGAGGCAACUCUUGGAAAGUAUAGCGGGGGGAGUGCUGGUGGUUUGGCUUCAGAGAGUUUGUUUGUCAAGGGGUACAAAUACUAGCAGGGCCUGGCCUGGCCUGCCUGACUCAUGAAUCUUCCUGAUCUGUCUGUUCCCUCUUUAUUUAAUUACUCAUCAUGUGCUAAUUUUAUUACUUUUGGUACAUAUUCUUCUAAUCACUUUUCAUAUAUAUAUAUAUAUUACUUAAUUGUAUUAAUGCAAUUUCCUAAUUCCUUAAUUUA